CCAGGCCUGCCUGCCUGCCCACCACUCUCUCCCUCCCGGCAGCCUGGCUGGCUGGAGCCUGGGACUCUGCCGGAGGAGCCCUGGGCCUGCCGACCCACCGGCUUAGGAGCGCCCACCAAGCUCUGGGUCACAGUGCGGAGGUGCCGGGCCACCAUGCUCAGUCUCAAGCUGCCCCAACUCCUUCGAGUCCACCAGGUCCCUCGGGUGUUCUGGGAAGACGGCAUCAUGUCUGGCUACCGCCGCCCCACCAGCUCGGCCCGGGACUGUGUCCUCAGCUCCUUCCAGAUGACCAACGAGACGGUCAACAUCUGGACUCACUUCCUGCCCACCUGGUACUUCGUGUGGCGCCUGCUGGCGCUGGCGGGGGGCCCGGGCUUCCGGGCGGAGCCGUACCACCGGCCGCUGCUCGUCUUCCUGCUGCCCGCCUGCCUCUACCCCUUCGCGUCGUGCUGCGCGCACACCUUCAGCUCCAUGUCGCCCCGCGCGCGCCACAUCUGCUACUUCCUGGACUACGGCGCGCUCAGCCUCUACAGCCUGGGCUGCGCCUUCCCCUACGCCGCCUACUCCAUGCCGGCCUCCUGGCUGCACAGCCGCCUGCACCAGCUCUUUGUGCCUGCCGCCGCACUCAAUUCCUUCCUGUGCACCGGCCUCUCCUGCUACUCCCGGUUCCCGGAGCUAGAAAGCCCUGGGCUCAGUAAAGUCCUCCGCACGACUGCCUUCGCCUAUCCCUUCCUGUUCGACAACCUCCCCCUCUUCUACCGGCUUGGACUGUGCUGGGACAGGGGCCCCAGCUGUGGGCAGGAGGCGCUGAGCGCCGACCACAGCUACCAUCUCCUCUGUGCGCUGCUCACUGGCUUCCUCUUCGCCUCCCACCUGCCCGAGCGGCUGGCCCCAGGGCGCUUUGACUACAUCGGCCACAGCCACCAGCUCUUCCACAUCUGCGCUGUGCUGGGCACCCACUUCCAGCUGGAGGCAGUGCUCGCUGACAUGGGGUCUCGCCGAGCCUGGCUGGCCACGCAGGAACCCCCCCUGGGCCUGGCGGGCACGGUGGCCACGCUGGGCCUGGCGGUGGCCGGGAACCUGCUCAUCAUUGCUGCCUUCACAAGCUCCCUGUUUCGGGCCCCCAGCACCUGCCCCCUGCUGCACGGCGGCCCCCUGGAGGGGGGUAUGAAGGCCAGACAGCAGUGAGGCCCCGUCUCUGAGCCUGCCCUGGGGGAAGGUGCUGGGGAGGAGCCCCGACUCGGGCCUGACGGAGGUGGGGCACAUCGGAGCCUGGAGCCAAGAGUGGCUGCGGAGAGAGAGCAGAGGAGAGGAGGGGGGAGGGGUGGUGUUGGCAGCAAGCAGGAGGGUCGGCAAGGGUGCGCUCAAGGGGGCCGGGGCAAGUGCUGAGGGUCUGAGAGGGGCAGCGCAUGUGUCCAGGCUGGAGCUGGGGACAGGGUGGUGCCAGGGUCCUCACACCCGCUCCUGUUCCUGCCUGCAAGUCUCUGCCAAGCCCAGGGGAGCUCUAACACGACUAACCUAGGCCCACCCCGCGUGCUCGUGCGACAGGCCUGGAGACCCACGGUUGCCCUCGCCUCCCAAACCGGGCAGCACCAUCUCCUGACAGCUCUCAGCCCACAGACAAGAGUCUGUCUGCCCUGCUCACAGCUGUGUGCUCAAGGUGUCCAGGCCUUUGGGUCUCCGUGGGUGUCCUGGAUGGCGCGGUGGGCUGGGUGGGGGGAGGGGUGCUGGGCUA